AUGGAAUACAUCAUUUCAAUCAUUAGAAAAGAGUACUUUCCAAAUUCAAGACAUAAAAAAUAUUUUCGUCUUUCUGAAUCAACAGACGCUUUCAUAAAAGAAAUAGAUUGGUCACCAACAGGAAUUUCAGAAUCUAAAAAUUGUGUGCUUGCUAUAUUAACAUCAAAACAUAUUGUUUAUAUCUUUAAACCAUACAAAAAUCCAUAUUCAAAUAAAUGGAUACUUCUACACAAUAUAUCUAAAAUUAAUUCAAAAUAUUUAUUUGAAUCACCGAAAUCAGAUACUAAUAUAACUAAUAUUUUAAGAUCAAGAGCACGUUGUAUUUUAUGGUCAUCAGCAUUUUAUACUCAAGAAUUAAAAUGGGGAAAAUGCUACCUAUGUAUAGGAAAUGAAUACGGGGAAAUUGAACUUUGGGAUGUAUCAACUGAAGAAGCCGUUUUAAAUUUAAGACUAAAAGUUUUCAAAACAUGGAUAACAAAACUUGCAUUUUCUCCAUGGAAGCAAGAAAACACUAAUACAUACUAUUGUUUAUUGUCAGUAUCAGAGGAAAAUGGUCCUACAAGAGUUAUAAAAUUAUCAAUAUUUAUAAAUAAUGAAAAUAGCUAUUUAAUAUCAUCUUCCGUGAAAAAAUUAUAUAUAAACAAUGAAGAAUUUAAAAUACCAAUUAAUAAUGUUUUAUGGUUUCCUCAAUCAGCAAUGUUUUGUUUAAUUCUAAUACAUGUUGGAAUGAUCUCAGUUUUCCAAUGUUCUGCAACAUGUGAUCCAAUUUUCAUAAAAUAUUUAUAUACAGAAACCUUUUUGCAAGCUUCAGGAACUUCUAUUAUAUAUAGCUCUAUAGAUCCUGUUGGAUUUCUAAUAGCAUAUCAAGAUGGCCUUAUACAAACUUUUAGCCUUUCAAAAUUUUCUAACGAAAUUGAAAUUAUUACUAACGAUAUUUCUUUAAAACUUAAAAAACAACUCUCUGAUUCCAUACAAACACACUGUUUCUCAGAAUUCAGUAUUAGAAUAUAUGGAUUACUAUCUUUUCCUCCAUUUCUGUAUCAAAUUUUUAUAUGCGAGAUUAUACCAUCAAAUGAGAUAAAAUAUACUACACCCAAACAAGCAGAAGCAAGACUAGUGUUUUUAGAGUCACCAAAUAUUUCCAACAAAGAAAUUUUUGAAGUUAUGGAACAAUUUGUUACAUCAAAUAUUUAUUUUUCUCCAGCAUGUAUACUUUGGGAUAUAGGACUAUCUAAAUUUUUUAGUGUAUCAUUUAAAGAGACAAACUUUUUAAAAUGUUUUGAUUACUUAAAAAAAUUUAGCAAAGAGACAAUAUCAAUUGCUAGUGACGUAAAAAAUCAAACAAUAUUCGAUAAACUAUUCAAUUCAAAAUUUUUAAAUUCACAAAGAUUAUUAAACUCAAUCAUAAGUAUGUUUAAAAUGGAGAAAAACUUUGAAAACAUUUCUCAAACUAUUAUGUUUAAUCUUCAAUCCCAUUUAACAACAAUUAUUUUGUCGGAAUCUAACUAUUUUCAUGAACAUAUUUCAUACUCUCUUUUAACAUACGAGGACAGAAAAUUAAUCAUGCUUUACUGUUCUUUUAUUAUAACAUAUUUUCCAAAUAACUAUUUUCUUUUAGAUCAUCUAAAAAUAUGGAAACAAUACUUUUUAUCAUCAGAGUCAUUACAAGUUCAGGAUUGGAUUAUCAAUACAGAAGAAUAUUGCAAAAUUUGUAAAUCAUAUAUACCAUUUAAAAGUAUAAAAUUUGGAACAUGCAAAAAAAAACAUACAUGGCCAAGAUGUUCUAUAACCUUGUUCGCUUUAAUGGAUGCAUCCUCUAAAACAUGCCAAAAUUGUUCAAGAAAACUUGUCUUUUUUUCAAAUCAAAGCCAUUCAUUUGUAUCAAAAUUAAUAAAUGCAUGCGAUACAUGCUUUUAUUGUGGAGGAAGAUGGUAUUCAAAAAUAUAA